ACAAUAAACAUCGGGCCUCGAGCCGUUCAAUCACUUCUGGGCAUCCCCUUCGUCAACAUCUUUCCUCUGGGUUUCAGCUUCUUGAACUUCGCAUCGCUUGGAAUCCGGUAGCAACAUGGCUUCCCGAACGAACCCCUUCCUGCUGGUCCUCCUCGCGGGCCUCGCCUUCCCCGCCGUCUUGGCAAGCCUCCAGAGCGCCGCCGGGGACGGGGACCUGGCGGGCGUGACAGCGGCCCUUCAGAACGGGGAGGAGAUCGACGGGUUCGAAGGAGAACUGACAGCCUUGACAGCGGCGGCGCAGGCAGGGCACUAUGAUGUCGUGGAGUACCUGCUGCUCAAGAACGCCUCCAUCGACCUCAGGGAGAAAAACAAGUACACCGCCCUCAUGCUAGCCGCGUCCGAAGGGCAUUUCGACAUCGUCCGCCUCCUGGUGAAUAGCGGCGCCGACGUCACGCUGGUCAGAGCAGGGAACAAAGACGCGCUGUUCUACGCGAUCCAGGGGCAGCACCUGGACAUCGCCUGCUUCCUGGCGGGAUUCGUGAGCAUAACCGGCAUCGACUUCCAGACCCUGACGGACAAGUGCUACGGGAACGGCACGGAAUUCAGCGUUGGAGAUGAAUGGUGUAACGGAACCAACGCUGUGACAUGUAACAGCACCUGCAUCGUCGUAGCAGCUACCGGGUCCUCCCUUCUGUGUGUUUUUGAUCGGUGUCGUUUAGAAAGUGAAGGAGGGGGAGUUGCUGUAAGUGCGUUUAAAUGCCCGGGCCCAGACCCGUCCUCACAGAAGACCCAAGUCUUAGUUGUCUAA